GCCUACAUGGUUUCCCUUACAUUUCAUAGAGCGUUCUAUUCCAAAUCUCCUGCCGAAAAUAACGUUGAAGUGCACCCAGGAAUGGCGCUUGUUGGACGUCGUGACGACAUAUUCUUGCGAGUGGUCGCUCUGGAAUCUGAUAUUCACAAGCGAAGAAAAGUCCGCUGCGCAUGCAUGGAUUAUAAUGCGAUAUAUUCAUUUGAUCCUGACGAGCUUUUCUCCCUUCCUGCGGAAUAUUCGCCCAAAGAAGUGCCCGUAAAUGUAUUCUUGGCGCGGUUUCGUGGAACGCACUAUGUGUACAAGAACAAGUUCAAAGAAGUGAACGAUGCGAUGUGCCAGCCUAAUAAGGAUGAAGGGUUGGUGGCAUUUGUGACAUGCGCGGUUUACGGUGCUGCUCCGAGUGAGCUCGUUGUCGCUAGCGCUGGUGUUAGAUAG